GGAGGGAGUUGGGGGGCCUGGCUCUGGAGGGGUUAAGGCCGGGAGGCGGGAGGGGGCCGGACCGAGGGGUGGAGAGAAGGGGAGGAGGCCUCAGCAGAGAGAGAAGUGGCCAGAGAGGCCCAGGGGACAGCCAGGGACAGGCAGACAUGCAGCCAGAGCCCCAAGGCCUGGACAGGGGCUGCCGGGCCCCGUGACAGGAGGACCCCGAGCCCCUGGCCCGGGGAGGGGCCAUGGUGCUGCCUGUCCAACAUGUCAGCCGAGGUGCGGCUGAGCCGGCUCCAGCAGCUGGUGCUGGACCCUGGCUUCCUGGGGCUGGAGCCCCUGCUCGACCUUCUCCUGGGCGUCCACCAGGAGCUGGGGGCCUCCGACCUGGCCCAGGACAAGUAUGUGGCCGACUUCUUGCAGUGGGUGGAGCCCAUCGCGGCGAGGCUUAAGGAGGCCCGUCUGCAGAGGGAUGACUUCGAGAUUCUGAAGGUGAUCGGACGCGGGGCGUUCAGCGAGGUGGCGGUGGUGAAGAUGAAGCAGACGGGCCAGGUGUACGCCAUGAAGAUCAUGAAUAAAUGGGACAUGCUGAAGAGGGGCGAGGUGUCGUGCUUCCGCGAAGAGAGGGAUGUGUUGGUGAACGGGGACCGGCGCUGGAUCACAGAGCUGCACUUCGCUUUCCAGGAUGAGAACUACUUGUACCUGGUCAUGGAGUACUACGUGGGCGGGGACCUGCUAACGCUGCUGAGCAAGUUUGGGGAGCGGAUCCCGGCAGAAAUGGCGCGCUUCUACCUGGCUGAGAUUGUCAUGGCCAUAGACUCGGUACACCGGCUGGGCUACGUACACAGAGACAUCAAACCCGACAACAUCCUACUGGACCGCUGCGGUCACAUCCGUUUGGCCGACUUCGGCUCCUGCCUCAAGUUGCGGGCAGACGGAACGGUGCGGUCACUGGUUGCUGUGGGCACGCCGGACUACUUGUCCCCCGAGAUCCUGCAGGCGGUGGGCGGCGGGCCCGGGAUGGGCAGCUACGGGCCCGAGUGUGACUGGUGGGCACUGGGAGUGUUCGCCUAUGAGAUGUUCUACGGGCAGACGCCCUUCUACGCCGACUCCACGGCUGAGACCUACGGCAAGAUCGUGCACUACAAGGAGCACCUGUCUCUACCACUGGCCGAUGGGGGGGUCCCUGAGGAGGCUCGAGACCUCAUCCAGCAGCUGCUGUGUCCCCCUGAGAUGCGGCUGGGCCGGGACGGAGCAGGUGAUUUCCAGAAUCAUCCUUUUUUCUUUGGCCUUGACUGGGACGGUCUCCGAGACAGCGUGCCCCCUUUUACGCCGGAUUUUGAGGGUGCCACUGACACGUGCAACUUCGAUGUGGUGGAAGACGGGCUCACUGCCAUGGUGAGCGGGGGCGGGGAGACGCUGUCGGACAUGCGGGAAGCCAUGCCACUGGGGGUCCACCUGCCCUUUGUGGGCUACUCCUACUCCUGCAUGGCCCUCAGGGACGAGGAGGUCCCAGGCCCCACAGCCAUGGAACUGGAGGCCGAGCCAUUGCCUGAGCCACCUGUGCAAGCAGCCAGCCCGGAGCCCACCGUGCCCCCACCGGAGGAAACAUCCCGCCCGCAGGCUGAAGCGGCGAUUCCGGAAGCCAUUCCAGCCUCGGCGGAGGCCCAGGAGGCCGGGAUGACGCUGCGGGAGCUCCAGGAGGCCCUGGAGGAGGAGGUGCUUACUCGGCAGAGCCUGAGCUGGGAGUUGGAGGCCAUCCGCACAGCUAACCAGAACUUUGCCAGGUCGGGGUCGGGGCGCCCGGGUCCGUCCCUGCCGUCUGCAGCCCGUCUCGCUCGAGCCCGGGAGGGCUCACGGUCUUCUGCUCCCCGCAGUCAGCUCCGUGAGGCCGAGGCCCGGAACCGAGACCUGGAGGCGCACGUCCGGCAGCUGCAGGAGCAGAUGGAGCUGCUGCAGGCCCGGGGAGAGGCAGCUGUCACGGGGGUCCCCAGUCCCCGGGCCACGGAUCUACCUUCCCAUCUAGAUGGCCCCCCGGCCGUGGCUCUGGGCCAAUGCCCGCUGGUGGGGCCAGGCCCCAUGCACCGCCGCCACCUGCUGCUCCCUGCCAGGGUCCCUAAGCCUGACCUAUCGGAGGCGCGUUCCCUGCUCCUGUUCGCCGUUGCUCUGGCUGCUGCCGCCGCCUUGGGCUGCACUGGGUUGGUGGCCUACGCCGAACAUCUCGCCCCGGUCUGGCGCCACCCAGGAGCCGCCUUCGCCCACUGAACCCUAGAACCCCAAGCCGGAGGGUUGGGUGACCUGGGCCAUCGCCCAGAAGCCGCUCCCACCGCCUCCGCGUUCACAACGCUCCAAGCGUGGGUCUUCACCCCAGCUCCAGCCCUGUGAUCCGGGCCCGCCCCCUGGCGGCCGGGGAGGGAGGAGCCGGGCCCGCGGUCGGAGCACGGCGCUCCGGGAAGGCUUGUAACUGGGGGGAAUCGCAGACCACUUCCUUCCUGCGGCCUGGCUGAGGCCCCGACAUGGAUGGGCAAACUGCCAUCUAGAGAAGGCAGCAGGGCCAGGGCUCGGCCAUCAGUUUAUCACCCUCCCCGCCUCCCCACUGCCCCUACCCCGCCCCCAUCGGUUCGCAGACCACAAAUCCUUCUGCAUGAGGCCCCGCUGUCCCGGGAACGUCCUCUUCCCGCGGCGAACGUCUAGUGCGAGCUCCGCCCGCCCGCUCUCUCGGGAACCUUGUGCUUUUGCCAGCCCCGCUCUUUCCGGGACUCCCGCGCCCUCCUCACGUGAGCUGCUCUCGGAGCCACUGCAGGCUCCGCCCGCCUCGGCAGUUUGGGUAUUUAUUGACCUGUCCUCCGACCCGCUGACAGGCUCCAGGACCCCAGCGCCCUAAUCCACGUUUUGGAUGCACUGAGACCCCGACAUUCCUCAGUAUUUAUUGUCUCUCCCCACCUAGGACCCCACCCCCGAUCCUCGCGAAUAAAAGGCCCCCCCGUCUGCCCAAAGCUGGGAACUCCAGGGUGUCCGCUCUCUUUGCGUUGUAGGAAGGCGGCUGCUCAGGGGGCCAAUCGGAAGGCGAGUGGGGGCGGCCAAUGGCCUGGCGGG